AUGUUAAGUGAUACGUCAAGUCAAAUGAUGCUUGCCAACAUCGAGAAAGACCCCAAACUCAAGGCCUUAUUACUUGCUGAAGUUAUUCAUCUAAGUCCGGAAUUGCUUUUGUUAGAUAAGCAAGCUUUGCAAGCUGACUUUCUUCAAAGAAUUGAAGUUCUACUAGGAGAUUUACCCCAAACCCGUUUGAAGGCUCAAGAAAAGACGAUCAAAACCCAGAA